GAGAGAGAGAGAGAGAAAGAAAGAUUAAAAAAUUAAAAUUGGGCCAUUCAGGCAACUUGCAGGUGCCAAUGGCGGUGUCUUUUGGACUGUUGUGAAAGCUCUGACCCCCCUCACUUUGAUUCUCAUUCACUCCCCCCACCCCCCAACCCCACCCCCACCCCGCCCCCUUCAAACCACUACAAUUUCCCCCAAUAUCCACUCCCACCCACCUCUUUCCGGUACAAUCCCGACCGUAGAUUUUUCACAAUGGUCAACCCGAUGAACGGCGACCGCCGCACCGGCGGACCGGAGGAGGCUUUCAUCACCAGACACCAUAGGCAUGACGUCAGAGAUAACCAGUGCACUUCCUCCUUGGUCAAACACAUCAAAGCUCCUCUCCCAAUCGUAUGGUCGUUAGUGAGGAGAUUUGAUCAGCCGCAGAGGUACAAGCCGUUCGUGAGUAGGUGUAUAGUUGAGGGCGAUUUGCGUAUCGGUACUGUUAGAGAGGUGAAUGUGAAGUCUGGGCUGCCGGCGACGACGAGCAAGGAGAGGCUGGAGCUGUUGGACGACGAAGAGCAUAUUUUUAGCAUGAGGAUUGUCGGCGGCGAUCACCGCCUCAAGAACUACUCUUCAAUAAUCACCGUUCAUCCAGAGACCAUAGAUGGAAGGCCAGGUACAAUGGUGAUCGAGUCUUUUGUGGUGGAUGUGCCAGAUGGCAACACUAAAGACGAAACAUGCUACUUCGUCGAGGCUUUGAUCAAUUGUAACCUUAAAUCUUUGGCUGAUGUCUGUGAGCGUCUAGCUGUGCAGGAUCGAAGCGGGUCCCACUGAUUAGAGUCUGAGUAGAUACUAUGCCGGGAUUUAAGAAAAGAAAGAAAAAAAGGGUGAUAUAUUUAACUACCACAGAGUAGAGAGACUGGUGUCCUGCCAUUCCUCUUCAGCUGCAUGCCUAUUCAGCUAUCUUUAUCGGGUUCGAAUUUAUUUAUCGUGGGUUUUGUUCGGUUUAGUUUCUUGAAACUGUGUCUCUAUAUAUAUUCAACCCACUCUUUCUGGAAUGGAGGACUUGUUCGAUUUUUCGUCUUUAUCAUGUUUGUUGACUUUUGUGUUGAGACUUGGUUUUUUGUAAAUAUUUUCUUUUAGGCUAAGGGAGAUGAUGAAUAAUUUUUGAAUGUGUUUGGAUAUAAUGUUUUGUGUUUGAUAUUAUGAUGGAGUUGCUACUUUGA